CGCAUUGUGCGCAGGCGCGAAGCACGCUCGUUCCGCCCGGGCCUCCGCGGUCGUUGGCCCCUGCGACCCACUGUCCCCGCGCAGUCAUGGCGGCGGUCAGGGCUCUGGUGGCGCCCAGGCUGGCGGCGGCCUCCGCGUUCGCGCCGCUCCAUGCACCCGCCCCGCGCGCGGCCCUACACAGCUCCGCGCCGCGGCCCCGGGCCAGGGUCGCGCUGGUGCUGUCUGGAUGCGGAGUCUACGACGGGACUGAGCUCCACGAGGCCUCAGCGGUACUGGUUCACUUGAGUCGUGGCGGGGCUGAGGUCCAGAUCUUUGCUCCUGACGUCCCUCAGAUGCACGUGAUUGACCACACCAAGGGGCAGCCUUCUGAGAGCGAGACCAGGAACGUUCUGACGGAGUCUGCCAGGAUCGCCCGCGGCAAGAUCACCGAUCUGGCCCGGCUCAGUGCGGCGGAUCACGACGCUGCCAUCUUCCCUGGAGGCUUCGGAGCCGCCAAAAACCUGAGCACCUUCGCCGUGGACGGGAAAGACUGCAGAGUCCACAAAGACGUGGAGCGCGUCCUGAAGGAGUUCCACGAGGCCGGCAAGCCUAUCGGGUGCUUUUUGUCUGAAGAGGAGCCCUUGGCUGGGGUCUGCGGACGGCGUUCCUUCCGCUUGGCGGAGGCAGGCAGGGCCCGCACCGCGGCCCGCAAGCGGCUGGUGCCUGCUUGGUGCCUGCGGGCGCAGGACGGCUGACAUCCUCCUGUGACAGAGAUUAAAGUGGGACCUGCUCUUUCAGGAGAAGAAUUGGGGCACAACAUCCCACACUCUUAGGUUGGGCCGGCUGUAGGCUCCUUGGUGUCUGGGGGGGAAGAAUUUUUAAGUUUGUGGGUCUGGUAAUUAGGAAACCACGUCACUGAACUUCUUGGUGAUUGAGAACUCUGUAACUUGGAGUGAUGCGUUCAGAAAUGACACGGGGGCUUCAUUUGAGGCCGGGGGAGUUUGCUUUCCCAAAUGGACGCCGGGACGGCCGCGUGUCGGGCCUCCUGAAGCUGGCACGCGGAGCACAAACCAGGGCUCUAGCUUUCCAGAAGGGGGGGGAGGGUGUGGCAGCCGGUCUGUGUGGUCGGCCUGCUGGGCGGAGACCGUCGGGUUGGUCCCAGGCCACGAGCAACAAACAGCCGGUGUUGGACGUACAGAGCAGGGGCAAUAAAGCGUCUUGUAGCCGCACCA